UAAUAAUUAAAUCAUUUCGGCAAAAAUAGUAGGGAGUGCUCUUUUUAUUGAGAAAAAUUUGAAGCCGCGCAUGCGCGGUAAAUACUGAAACUGCAAGAGACUCGUGAUACUCGGCAAAUAUCUUACACGCGUGUGAUUGGUGAUGCAGUUAUGAUAAAAGAACAGAAGUGCCUCUAAUUACGUUGACAUGUGAAACAACAAUUUCUGACAGCUAAAUUCAAUCAUUUGGAAGCAACUGAAUAUAACCGUGAUAGUCAAGAUGCGAAAUGUACGUCAUUUUAUUGCGUAUUUGCAGCUGUCCAGGCACCUCGGUUCGUCCAGUGCAUGCUCGAACCUUAGCAGGGAAGGUAGAUUUAUGAGAAAACUGAUGAAGGGACAUCGUGAUCAUAAAUCGAACAUCAAGUGGCACAACAAUAACAAUAACAUGGGCGCAGAUUUUCGUAGCAUCACGGAAGCGAAGCCAGUGGACAAGCCACUGUCCACGCACACGGUGCGUAGAAUGACCGUCCGCAAUAAGCUCUUUAUGGAGCACAUAUCGGACCAGAUAUCGGUGGGUGAGGUGUCCGACAUCCUGAGUGGAAACGUAGAGAUCACUAAUGUGAAGAUCACCGCAGACUUCAAGUACGUCAACGUAUUCUACAUACAGAACGACACUGGUGCAAUUGUCAGCAAGGAAGCACUGCAGCAAUGUGCCAGGAUCAUUCGGCAGCAAUUGUCAGAGCUGCGUGUCAUAGGUGUGGUGCCGCCCAUCCAAUUCGUUGAAAACAGACAAGCUUCUUUCGCAAAGAAAGUAGAGGAAAAACUGGCGGCGAUAGAUGAGGACUUAAAGUCUUGGACUCCCUAUUCUGAGCGAGAGUUGAGUGCUUUGUACGCUGAUGUGAUCAAUGAAACCUCGUGCAAUAAAAUAGGAACGGAGUGUACAAUGCUGGAGUCCAAAACAGAGGAACCUGGCACACAAUUGCCAGUUAUGAAGCACGAUGUGCUAGGAUUGGAUCAUCAUAGGAUCAUGUCCCAGAUUACUACUUCGUUGUCUAAAGUAAAAGAAACUUCACAGAAACGGCUAUUGGACGUGCAAACCAAUAGGAAUAGCAAUGUAGAUACAGACAAUACUUCUUCUCAGCCGAAAGAAAUUCCCAACUUCUUGACGCAAGAGGAGCAGCAGAAAAUUUUCUCCAAUUUUCUGUUUCAAAGGCGAAAAGAAGAGAAACGUAGACGCCAUAUGAGAAAUUUGCAGCAGCAGAAAUUACUGAACAAUUUCGAAGAAGACACGGAGACGGAUCACGGAGAAUACGAAGACGACAUCGACGUGUGUAGAAGCGAGCUCGACGAGGAGGAAUAGCGUGAUUUCAAAGAAAUUUCUCGCGAAACGACUCUUUUUGUUUUUUAUUGCACAAUACGAGUAUAACACUAACACUCGAUCUACACACACUUGUGUACAAUAAAUAAUUUAUUAAUAAUAAAUUGUACAAUGUACAUAAAA